CUGUUCUGCGGAGCGGACUACAUUUCCCGUCAUGCCGAGGGUGAGGUGAGGAUGGCGGGUCGCCUCUGCCUGGUGUUGUCGUUGGUUUGGGUGGCUGUCCCCGGACUGUGCUGGCAGCUCUCCUCCCUCCAUUGCAGCUUGUACUCCAGCAGCGCCUGUGACUGCAGCUUCCGGCCCGGCCUGGACGCCUUGGAGUGCGACCUCGCUCGUAAUUUGUUCGGGCAGCAUCUGGCCCAGGAGCUGGUGGUGAAAGCUCUGAGGGUGUUUGUGGAGACGGAUUACCCCAGCAAACCCCUUGUAUUAUCCUUCCAUGGCUGGAGUGGCACAGGCAAGACAUUCCUGAGUUCCCUGCUGGUAAAACAUUUAUACAAAGAUGGAAGCCGCAGCCCCUACGUCCAUCACUUCUCUCCCAUCCUGAACUUCCCCCAUGCUAAGAAUCUCAACCAGUACAAGGAGAACCUCAAACAAUGGAUCCAGGGUAACCUCACCGCUUGUGGUCGAUCCUUGUUUCUAUUUGAAGAAAUGGACAAAAUGCACCCAGGGCUCAUAGAUGUCAUUGCCCCCUUCCUGAGCUCAUCCUGGGUAGUGAUUGGCUCAAAUUACAAGAAGGCCAUAUUUAUCUUUAUAAGCAAUUCAGGAGGAGAUGACAUUAAUCGAGUAGCUUUGAAAUUCUGGAGAGAACGCAGGGACAGAGAAGAGAUCCAGCUGAGUGAUGUAGAGUCUGCUAUAACCAACACUGUGAUAUCCGACCAGGAACAUGGAUUCUGGCAGUCUGAGAUCAUCAAGCAGAACCUCGUAGAUGUCAUUGUGCCUUUUUUGCCCUUGCGCCCUAACCACAUCAGACAGUGCGUUCGCAGUGAGCUGGCACAGCAAGGCUUGGCUAUCGAAGAUAUUGUUUCGUCUGUAGCAGACAGUCUGGUUUACAUUCCUGAAGACAAAAAUGUUUUCUCAUCAACAGGCUGCAAAACCGUACCGUCCCGCAUCAACUACUACUUGUGAGCAGCUGCUCUGAGUGCAGGCGGAGGAGAAUUGGAGACAUCUCUGAGCAAUGUGUCACACUUCAUUUCUCUAGAACAACCUCUGAGUCUCCCCAUGUUGGGAGAUAUUGGCUGCUAAUGACCCAGUGUCUGGUUAUCUAGAGAGACUGCUGAUUGCCACGUACAAAGUUCAGGGUGUUCGGAGGGUUUUAUCGAAAUACUGUAUAAAUGACUUGUUUACAAGGACAGCUGGAAAUCGAGAAAUGUGAUUCGCAUCUCAUUCUAUUUAUUUACACAAUGGAAGGUGCCAUAUGCUGACACUCUAGGAGUCAAAGUACAAUGAUGUGGAAGUGACAGAGGUCAGCAUUGGUUGUGUAGCGAUCUCCACUUACUGUAGAAAAGGGAAAUGAUGAUGAUUUCCAGUUUUUAAUAAAUAGUAUUUUGUUAAUUCAAAUGUAUCUUUGAUCAGGUUCUGCUGGGUUACAGAACCAAAUUUAAUUUUUUUGAAAGAGAAUAUGAGAGAUGGAGAGGGUGGGUGGCCUUUGUGUCUCCUCAGUACCCUUUCCUCCUGGUGGAGCCAUUCUCCUAUGUACCAUUUGAUGUCUGGUCAGAAUAAUAUUUCUAAUAAACUUGGAAGACCUUUUUAA